AUGGAGGCGACCGCGCAGCAGCGGCGGCGGCUGUACCGGAUCCUGCUGAUCGACUCCCACGACUCGUUCACUUUCAACCUCGUCUCUCUCUUCAGCGACCUCUCGAUCCGACCGCAGAUCACCGUGAUUACGAGCGACAAAUUGUUGUUGGUAUCGUCCGAUCUUUUGCUUGCGCUCGUUCUCCGCUUCGAUGCAGUGGUCAUCGGGCCUGGGCCUGGAACCCCCGUGCGGACCGCGACGCUCGGCGACUCUGAUAUGGGCGGCAUUCCUCGCGUAUGGGAAACGAUCAAAUCCGCCUCGCGAACAUGCGAGCUCAUUAUCCCGCCACCGGUCGUCAUAGGUAUCUGUCUCGGUUUCCAGUGGAUGCUUCUCGACAACGGUCACCGCGUCGUGCGUCUUCCCAAGCCUCGGCACGGGCUCGUCUCGGUGCUCGACGUGUGCGAGCAGGGCAAGUCAGACAUGUUUUCCGGGCUCGACGAUAAGCCGAUCGAGUGUGUGAGGUAUCACUCGCUGCAUGUGGUGUACGAUCCUAAGGUCGCCGGUAACGACGAUUACAUCCCGCUGGCGUGGUCGAGCGACUGCCACGAGGAGGGCGAGAAAGUGUUGAUGGCGGCGCGGCAUCGCAGGCUUCCAUACUGGGCAAUGCAAUACCAUCCUGAAUCUAUCUGCUCAGAGUACGGGUCCGAGGUAUUUGAGAAUAUAUUCAGCCUCUCGGCCGAACACACCUCUUCCCGCAGAGCGUUCAUCGAUCACUUCCUCUCACCCACAGUGGAGCCACAGCAAGCGCCACCGCAGCCGCAGCUACAUCUACGGACACGCAUAUUAGCGGAGGACGACGUACCCUUGACGCGGCAUCUGCGGCAGGCACACUAUGCCCUUCCCGCAGACCUCGACGUGUCAGAAUUCGUGGUGACGUUUUGUGAAUAUCUUCACCGCGAGUUCGGCGAGUACGCGCUGCUGGACUCUGCGGCGGCGCCGGGGCAAUGGACAUACAUCUGCUGCAAGAACGAUACCACCAAGAACUUCACGUACUUCAUCCCCGACGACUUCAUGACCGUCGAACAGUUUGACAAAAAGAACCAGCGGCAAACCUACAGAGUCAAAGACAUCGACGACGUAUGGGAAAUCCUGGCCGCGACCAUGGACGUCACGAUCGACUCUUUCACAGACACCCUUUCGAGCAAAACGAUCCCAAUCUCGCAAUAUCCUACCUUCUUUGGUGGCAUGGUCGGCUACGUAUCCUACGAAGCCGGCGUCGUUGACGGUCUCGGCCUGAGCGUUGAGCGCGAGUCCGACGCUAGCGUGCCGGACAUCGACCUCACGUAUUACGAGCGCACGCUGGCUAUCGAUCUCGAGCGCAAAAUUCUUUACACUCAAAGCAUUGAGGUUGGUGACGGAUAUGAUAGCCACGGAACUACACGUGACUGGGAACAAAAAGUUCAGGCGCUUUCUCUGGCGGCGAUCGAAAAUGUGAGGGCGACUCGUGCAGAGACCGAGACAAGCUCCGACAGCGGAGCUAGUACCGGCAGCAUCACGGACCAGAGACGAAGGGUUCCCAAGGCCGUGCGCCUACCCGUCGCGGACGACUACCGAGCAAAGAUCGACCAGGCACAAGGUUACCUCGCGAGCGGGGACUCGUACGAACUCUGUGUUACGGACCAGACGAUAAUCACCGAGAACCCCGGCGUCGCCGAUGCGGCAGACAACAUCACGCCUGCGCUCGCGGACGAACUGGAAUCGGCCUGGUGGCUUUACAAGCACAUGCGCGAGCAAAGCCCCUCGCCAUACGCAAUGUUCUACAGCUCGAGCGCGACGACCUUGCUCGGCAUGUCGCCCGAGCGGUUCCUCUUUUGGGACGACAACCUGCAGUCCUGCGAGCUGCGUCCGAUCAAAGGCACAGUCAAGAACGACGGCCACGAGACGCUCGCGAGCGCGACGCGCAAACUCAGCACGCCCAAGGAACGCGCAGAGAACCUGAUGAUCGUCGACCUCAUCCGGCACGACCUCGCGCACUUUUGCAACUCGGUCAAGGUCUCGAAGCUGAUGGGCGUCGAGACUUACAAAACAGUCUACCAGCUCGUGUCCGCCAUCCAGGGCACCGACUUCCGCCCGGGCGUGAGCGGCAUCGACGUCCUCCGCGGCUGCCUCCCGCCAGGCUCGAUGACCGGCGCGCCCAAACGCCGCAGCGUCGAGCUGCUGCAGCAAAUCGAGGGCCACCGCCGACGCGGCGUGUACUCCGGCGUGAGCGGGUACUGGAGCGUGCUUGGCUUCGGCGACUGGAGCGUCGUGAUCAGGUCGGCGUUCAGCGUCGGCGGAUGCAGGGCUGGACGGGAGCGGGAGUGGAGAAUCGGAGCUGGAGGCGCGAUCACGGCGCUCAGCGAUCGCGAUGGGGAGUGGGAGGAGAUGUGCGUCAAGUUGCAGAGCGCGAUGAGGGCGUUUCCAAAUGCUGAGCAGUAA